GUUUCACGGAGCAUCUUCAUCAGGUGUCCCUCUGAGACUUUCUUUAGGCCUCCUCUUGCUAUGAGCAUACUUCAGAAAGCCUUUUGAUGUUGUCUGACAGAACACUGUCCAGUUUCAUCUCUAGUUGAGCUUUGGCCUUUCGUGAUGUCUCCCUCCAUGUGUGAGCCACAGCUCGGUAGUCUUCCUGAGGAGCUUGACCUUGCUCCUAGAGAGCAUACAACUUCUGUUCCCACCCCAGUUCCAGGAGGAGUUCCAAGCUGCUCUUCUGCCGCACUUGCUCGACUUCCGUUGACACGAUGGGAUUGCUGCUCCUGGUCUUUCCAAAGGUGGUUCUUGAAAAAAUUGAAGUGGAUCUACGGACAAACGGAUGACUGAAUAUUCAUAUGAAGAGGAAAGCCAUAAAAGGAUCUAGGCACUGGAAUAGAAAUUCAAGAAGCUUGUGUUGCAUGUGGACAUCUUUGUACUGGUAGCAGGAAGAUUCAGCUGGACAUGGUCUGUUACAUCACAUGAGGAUCUCAGCAGGACAACAUGAGUUGAAGGCCAAUCAUUGCACAUGCUUUUUGGGCACUGACAGCAUCAAGUCACUACUUUACCUGGCAUGCAGUGGUUAUAAUAAGAGACCACACUCAGAGGCCUUCCUGGAAAGCUUAGAGCUAUGAUGCCUCCCUGAUCACUGGUUGCCAUGCAGAUGCAUGUCCGUGAUAGACAUAUACCUACACCUAGACUGCCGUCCUCCCACAACCUCCUAUGGCACGAGGUGAUGCUUGGAAUUUCAUGCACUGCAUUUAGGCCCACCCUAAGCUCUGUUCAGGGCUAGCAAGCAGACCAGAGAGAGGACAUCAGCGCCUUUGAGAACAGAAUGUUAAUGCUUGAUGGGAUGCCGGCAGUCAGAGUCAAAACAGAGCUGCUGGAAUCUGAGCAAGGGUCUCCAAACGUCCACAACUAUCCAGAUAUGGAAGCUGUACCCUUGUUACUAAACAACAUGAAGGCAGACCCCACGGAGGAUUCAUUAUCUACGGACCAUUUCCAAACACAGACUGAACCAGUGGACUUGUCAAUAAACAAAGCCAGGUCAUCCCCUACAGCAGCUUCAUCUUCACCAGUUUCCAUGACAGCAUCAGCCUCCUCCCCUUCUUCCACUUCUACUUCUUCUUCUUCUUCUUCUUCUAGUCGGCCAGCUUCAUCACCCACAGUAAUAACAUCGGUAUCCUCAGCAGCAUCUGUACCGUCAGUAUUAACUCCAGGUCCUCUUGUGGCCUCAGCAUCUGGUGUUGGAGGCCAGCAGUUUUUGCACAUUAUCCAUCCAGUACCACCUUCCAGCCCCAUGAACUUGCAGUCCAACAAAAUGAGUCACGUGCACCGUAUCCCCGUGGUGGUACAGUCGGUACCUGUUGUCUAUACAGCUGUGAGAUCACCUGGGAAUAUGAACAACACUAUAGUAGUACCACUGUUAGAGGAUGGGAGAAGCCACGUCAAAGCACAAAUGGACCCCCGAGGCCUAUCUCCCAGACAAAUUAAAAGUGACAGUGAUGAUGACGACCUGCCAAAUGUGACCUUAGAUAGCGUUAAUGAAACUGGAUCUACAGCGCUCUCCAUAGCCAGAGCAGUACAAGAAGAGAGCAUGUGGGGCUGUGCCAGGUCAGCUGUUAACCCUUUUCGUUUUUUCAACUCCAGUUCAAUUUCACCAUUCAGUAUUGAGAGCACAAGGCGUCAGAGGAGGUCUGAGUCUCCAGACUCCAGGAAGCGGCGCAUCCAUCGGUGUGACUUUGAGGGAUGCAACAAAGUAUACACAAAAAGUUCCCACCUGAAGGCUCACCGGAGGACGCACACGGGAGAAAAACCCUACAAAUGUACCUGGGAAGGCUGCACCUGGAAGUUUGCUCGCUCCGACGAACUGACGAGGCAUUACCGCAAGCACACAGGAGUGAAGCCAUUCAAGUGUGCAGACUGUGACCGCAGCUUUUCCCGCUCAGAUCACUUGGCGCUCCACCGCCGUAGACACAUGCUGGUUUGAGAAACGCUGCCUGUUCCAGCCAAGUUUAAGAGCUGGGUCUCUUAACUACCUGGAGUGAAUUCAGCAGGGCUGAAUCCCCCUCUACAGUGUUAGCAUUCAGGGCUUCCCCUGAUGUCCGUAACAAAACAUAGUAACAAAAAUUAUUAAAAAAAGGCAGGAAAAGAAGUGCCACUCUUCUCCUCACCAUCUGAAGUUAACCCCACCUGCCCUUCAGCAUGGCUACCCCCUGAAAGUGUCAUCACAAUCAUCUGGGAAAUAGCAGCUGAAAUGCUACGGGAAUGGGCAUUAUUUUACAUGCUGCAUCCUUUGACAAAAAGGUGUUUAUAGCUUGUAUGGUUUCUCAGCUGUCAGACAUUCUGUUCCUGAAAAAUCGCUGCUGGUUGGAGGAUUAGACACCACAAACCGAUGAUGAUGAUGAUGAAGAUGAAAGCAAGACCGUUAGACCUUUAUUAUCCCAUCGUUUCCCCUUAUUUUGAAUACCAUCUGGCCGGCGUCAGCAUUAUGCCAGAGCUGUGCUACAGACAAGCUGCGUGUGAGUAGGCAAGAAGAUUCUGCUGGAGAGGUCCCACUGUCAGAGCUGAAGGGUCGCAUGAGCAGACUUUUGCAAUAAUGAUGGUGGCAUUUCAGUAUUGUACCACAAUUGUCAUUAUGCCCUAGAGGACACCAGCCAUUUAGCCUUUUUCUUUUAUCUUUUUUUUUCCUUUCUUUUCUUUUGUUGUUGUUGUUGUUGAAGUCUGUAAAAUAAACAAGGGGCAACAGCAUUUCUGCUGAAAGUACAAUAUUAAGUAUCUAUAUUUUACCAUGGACUUAUUUAGAACCGUUUCUGAUUUGUAUAGAAAGAGUCCAUCUAAAAACUACUACUCCAUUCUCAACAUGCAGUUUUGUUUCAUGCAGGUAUUCUCUUCCCCACGACCAUUAUUUGAACAAAAGGAAAUAGUCAGAUCUUACACUCGCUGUUAUCAAGGUUAGUGGUGUAGCCAUUCAUGAAAUGGAAUUGAAUGUACCAACAAAACAAAACAGAGAAGAAACGGCUGCAUCUCUUGCAGAGAAAAAGCAAUAAUGAGUAAAAUAGCUCUCAAGACAAUAAUUUACUCCACACCAACAGAAACAGGGGGUAUGCAGAAAUAGCACGUAAGCUCGUUUAAGUUAAUCUUUCUGAUGGUUUCACUCACCUGGUAGGUACCACAGUUAAGUACUUUCAUUUCCUUCAACAUAAUAUUUAUAUCUGGAAAGCAAGAAAGAUAAAGGAAAGAGCUGAUUGUUCAGAACUCAGAGGAUGAACCGUAAGUAGGAAGGAGAAAUGUUUCUGCAGUGGUGCUCUGCAAGACAUUAGGUUUCUCACUGGGAGUUAGGGAAUAACAAGAUUUUGCCAGCUGUCUGGUGUGAUAUAAAUGGUCCUUUAUAUGGGUACCAGUGGCUGCCUCUGCUGGGAUUUUCAAUCCAAGCCUUUUCAGAUUAAAUAAAAGGAAAUUCUUGAUCAUUCCCAUACAGCCCUGUAAUUGUGAACCAAUUUGUAUUAAUUGAAUUGUGUAGGAAAGAGAGAAACUCUUAGUCAUCAGUUGUUAAUGCAAACAAAAUACUGUUUUUCUGUUUUCUUUCCUCACAAGGAUCUGCCUAUUCAGCUGAAUUUGACAAAGAGGAGGCUUGGCAAGAUUUUUUAAGUGUUGAGAUUUUUAUAGCUUAGAGCUGAAAGAUGUAUACAUAAAGGUCUUUUGUAAUGCAUUUAAUUAUGAAUAUUUGGUUCCAGGAAUUGCACAGAUUAAACUUGUGAUGCCACUUGUUCAUUUUUAAAUGUUUGACCAGUCCAAAUUGAUUUCUGAUUCCUGAAGUAGCUGUAGUAAUGUUGGGGGGAUUCUGAAAUCGAGGUAAUCUCCAAGCACAGGGUAAUCUUCAAUACACAUACAGAUACUGAAAACAAUUAUAGUUAAUUGAGGAUUAAUAUGUCUGGGAUAAUACUUCAGAACAGCAUUCACAGUACCCAGAGUUUGAUUGUCUUUAAGUAUGUUCUUAAUAUUCCCCAGUACUGGGUAGAUUAUCAGCUCUCUGAAAGAACUCCAAUACUGUUCUAGCUCAGGCUCCCCCUGCCGAGUGGUCAGCAGAGAAACACAAGACAAGUUAUUCACAGCCAUUGUGGGAAAAAUGUGUCUGUCAAUUCCCAUUGACUGGGUUGGUAAUCAAAUUCCACCAAAUUCGGCAACGCUUUAGUAUCUGGCUCCAAAUCAGGAGCAAAGCAGAGGCACUAAGUGUCCAUGCAAAGGGUGAAAAGGCUGUGUUGGAUCAGAGCUUCUGGAUAGGCCAUGAGGCAUUGUGGGGCUGCAGACCUGGGUCUUUACCAGCAGCAUUACUGUUGUUGGUUUAAAAAACUAGCUGUCAGUGUUGUGCGUGAGAUGGUUCAGAGAUUACGUCUGAGGUCUGUGGUUUAUGUACAUUUAGAUUGUUCCCUUAAAUGGAUCUGUCAUUCUCACCGUUUAGGGAAAGAAGUCAGGUCAGGUAAAAGUCAAUUGAUAAAACUGUUUUCCUGCCCAAGAACAUUUUACCGACUAAUUACUUGAAUAGCAGUAAUUCAGUAGAAGAACCAAUGGCAUACAGAAUUACUUUCAGAAUCUGUGAUUUAUUUUCUCCCAUAGAACAUUAAGUUUAUUUGACCAGAAACUCUUACAGCCUUUCUGUUAGCGUACAAGAGGAGCAGUGAGAGAGAUCAUCUCCGAUGUUAUUCAUAAAGGGAGGAUUCACAACUGGGAGAGACCAGUCUCCUCUUUAGGUUUCCCGUGUAGUCAAUAAAGAGAGGAAAAACUGAGAGAAAUUGUGAGGCCUUAAAGUUAUUUCAGCAUUUGGCUCCAAACUGCCCUGAGGAGGAGCAUAUGUAUCACAGACACUGGGGAGGCUCGUCUCCCGUGGCUGAGGUUGGUGUUUGUGAAUCCCUUGUCUUUCAGCUGGUUGUCCAUUACUUUAUGCAUAGGAAGCACUGCAACAGAAAGAGGGUCUCGUCUUACUCAAGGAACUCCAAAGUGAUACAGGAUUAAAGCAGCACUGGCACCAAGGGACACAGUUACAAAGUGCAUCAAUGGUAAUAGAAUGAAGCCAAAAGGUGAAGUAGUGUACACUAAAUUUUCUUUUUUUCACAGGCAGGAAGUAUAUCCUCAACCUUUCCAGCACACAUGUAAGGGCUUUUUGUGCUGCUGUUACCUCUAGGCAACUUACACAACCAGCAGUAGUCCGCCACUGGGUUACAAGUACCCAGUAUGGUUCUUACUGAGUUUCUUCUUUGUACCAGCACCCACAGGCUUUGAUCCCAAAUACUCUGCAAGGUUGUCUUCUGAUUUGUUUUCUCCUUCAGAAGUAUUUUAAGAGAACUUACUGUGUGGGAGAGGGGUGUUUGGAUGUGAAGCUGUUGUCCUGCAGAUUCUCAGGGUGUCCUUUCAGUGGCUGUGGUUCAGACCCGCCAAACUUCUGUGCUUGUGCAAAGACCAAGGGCAAUUGCUCAAGGGUAGUUUCCUCAAAAAUCCUGGUAUCUCACUGCAGGUCCAUGACAUUUCAUAACCAUGGUGAAGGCUUAUGUCAUAUGUAGCAUGCAGAAAUACCAGAUUUCAUCUUGACGCAACACAGUAGGUCCAUCUUAAUUGAGCAGUUGGGAAAGACAAAUAUAGACUGUCCCAUUCUUUCAGAAAGACAGACAUUUAUGCUUUCGAGUGUAAGUAACGAUGGGAAACAUCCACCAUGCCCAUUACAGCUUACAAGAGAAACUAUGCCACAAAGUGUCAGAUUUUGUAUGUUUUCAAAAAGACUGUUUUCAAUUGGCCAAGGUUGCCCAAAGAAGCUGUGGAUGCCUCAUCCCUGGCAGUGUUGAAGGCCAGGUUGGAUGGGGCUUUCAGCAACCUGCUCUAGUGGAAGGCGUCCCUGCCCAUAGCAGGGGGGUUGGAACUAAGUGAUCUGUAAGAUCACUUCCAGCCCAAACCAUUCUAUAAUUCACUGAUCUGUCAGGAAAUCUCAGAAGCCAGCAUUCUAGGAAAAUGUAAGGAGCAAGCAGUUUUUGAAUUUUAAAUUGUCGUUAUUUUUUGAGCACCUGUUUUACAGUGCACCAGCACUAUAAAAUUGGCUCAUAGCAACAGCAAUUUAUACGUAGGGAUGAAGAUGCAGUAUUCCUUAUUCUCUAUCAUGCUUAUACAGUUAACUAAAUAGAUUUAGACUGACUUGUAUAUAUGAUUAUUUGCUGGAGUAAUGUAUAACAAAAUUAACAGUGUUGAAAAUUACAUCAGUGGCAUUGAUGUUUGGGGUAAACUCACAGUGCAGAGCAUGGACAAAUAGCUGGAAAACCUUUCUCCCCUUUAAUAAUUGGAAUGACAGCUAUCAUAAGUCUCAUUUUCCAUUAGCCACAUUGAAAAUGUAUUCUAGUUGCCAUUUAUAAAUUUAUCUUCUGAUAAUAAAUGCUGUUUAACGGAAAAAAUCUCGUUCUCCUUUAUUGAAGGUGGGUACCUCAAAAUCAGAGUAAGUUUCACUUUUUAUAUCCCGCUUAUUUUUUAGUUUGAACUUUGGAAAGGUCAGUGUCUGAAACUGCAUCAUCCACGGCAGACAAGUCUUAGGAUGGUUCAGUAAAUCCGCCCCACUCCUGCAUGUUCAUCCAUACCCUCGUGCAUAUGAACUUCAGCGCUUCCACGUGCCUCCACCCAUGUGCAGGUAAAAAACCAAGUUAGUUUAUUUUAAAAAAAUGAAUAGGAAAAUUUCAAAUUGGCAAUAAGCACUAUAAAAGAAAAUACUACCUUCUUAAGAAACCAGCUCAUGUUGUUGUAUUAUGCCUUUGUCUGUGAUUUGUAACUGGAGAAGUGCACACAGAAAUUUAAAGAUAGUUGUAUUUUCACAGCUCUGCGAUAGCAUAACAAUUGCUCUGUAAUGUAUGUUUCUGCAGUCAUGCCCAUUGGUACUGUGAAAAGGCUUCAAUUCUGAUCAAUUUCUGCAGUAAAUCAGGUUUUAGUACAAAAACAUAGCUAUAAGGAUACUGCAUCUUUAGAAAUCAAAAAAGUAUUUUACUAUACUUGUGACAGUUUAGAUAUUCUGUAAUAUAUGUGAUAGUGGAAAAGUAUUUUCGAACUCACAAUUUUACACGGGAUGUAAAUAGGUAAAAUGAAGUACAUUUUAAAAAAUCCUUUCAUUUUCAUCAGGAAAACUGGUUAGAAAAUGCCUUGCAAAGCUUAAACACAAAAUGUAAGAAGUAAAUUGUUCAGUUUUAUCAGAGCAUGUUUUCUCUGCAACAUGGAGUGGCCACUUCUUUGCUGUUUCGCAGAUAGCAUGUGAUAUAGCAAAGUCAUACUGAGUCCUUCAGUGUCAAAUAAGUCAACACUCAGAAUGUCUUUGACUGAAUUAAAAAAAAGAAACAAAAUGAAAACCAUAUGAAAGGUUUGGGGUUUUUUGUGUGGGGUUUGGUUUUUUUUUCUUUCUGGCAUUUUACAGUGAAUUGCAGAUACAGUAACAGCAAACUCUCAUUUCAUUUUAUUUCUUCUUAUAUUUCCCUGACUACAGUGCACCUUGAAUAAAGGUUGCAGAGCUGAAAUGGACAGCUGCUCUUUGCUGGUUGCAGGGGAGUUUAGUCUUUUAGGUGCAGUAACAUGUCAACCAAAUCAAUUGUAGCAGGACAGUUAUGACAUUUAAAAUGCACAUACGCUUCAGCAGGAUAGCCUAAAAUCUAUUUUAAAAGAUGAAACAGAAACUGAAAGUGCCUGUAAUUAAAACUGAUGGGAUGUUCCUAUACUUUUACACAGCAAUAACUUGCAGGAUUCUGUUAACAGUAGGUGAAAAUGAAAUUUUACUUGGAGAAAAAUAAUGCAGCACAGAAACACAAAGUGCCAUUUGUAUUUUCACAUGUUGAGAUGUUGUGUUAGAGGUUUUAGUUAUUUUCUCAGAUAACAUCUGUCAUAUACUUGUAAGAAGAAAAUGAAUCUUAGUUUACAAGUGACUCAUAUCCAUAUCAAUUCUCAGUAGGUAUGAAUGGAGGUCAUUGUCAAGCAGCGUUUUAAGGUUUUUUUCCCUAAUAUAUGUCUGAUGUGCCCAUGUAUCCAGGGUAUUCUCUAGUGAAAUAAUCCAAAAACCAGCAAUAAGCCGAAUGGAGCUUUUUUAGGGUAUAUAGUAGAGCGGGGAUUCUCUUGCAAAAUCCUCUGCAUUGAACUCUGGAAAUGCAGAGUUCACCUUAUGUCGCUUUUCUAUUUGUCACGUAGUGCUCGUGGUAUUUAAUAUCAUCUUAGAACUGGUUGACUUCAGGAGUGGGCAAAAUAUAUCACUUUCUUUUGGGGACAAAUGAAUGAAAAACUGGGAACUGUCAGUCUAGAGACUAUUUGAAUAGCAAACAAGAAGUCGCUAUUCCUAAAAUGAAGUAAGGAGGUUUAUUAUAGCAAGUGGGCUAAACAUUUACAUCAAUAGACUAAUUGAUCUUGCAAGAAAAUGGCCAGCUGUGACUCUUCUAAUCUUUUUUCUCAAUUACGGGGUUUUUUUUUUUCAAUCUGGUAAGUUUCUGUAAAAAUCAAAAAUAUUAACUGCUGCUAAUGGAUUCUUAAAAUAGCAGUGUAAUGCCAUCCCUCAUGCUUCUUCUGUUUCUAAAAAUGACUUUAUUGGAGAUCAAAAUGUAACUGUUAGUCCUAAUACCUUUGCCAAGGAAGAUUGCUUUCCAUCCUUUAAAUUUGUACCUGUUAUUUAUCCAGGCAGAACUUUGCAUUUGAAAAUAUUCCACAUUUUGCCUAGGCUUUUGCUGGCAUUGGUGGAUUGCUGCAGGAACAGGAUGGUUGUUAGGGUUUUAUUCACGGAGGCAGGAUUGGAUGUGCAUGAAGAUGCUCAUAUACGAAAGAAAGUGCAGGUGCAGAAAAAAAGCACAUGGGCUCACAUGUGAAAACUAGACAUUUAUGGACCUUGGUUCAUCCUGUGACAAGACGGCUAGUUUGGUUAACAGCUUAGUUUUAAAUGUUAGCCACCGGUGGAAAUUAUCCCAUCAGAACAUGCAGGUACUUAUUCUGUCAUCCUGAGUUUAAUCUCCAGAUAUUAAGCACAUAAAAGAACACAAUUCAUGAUGGAGAUUUUAGGAGGACACCAGGGAAUGUGUCAUCAGAGGGACAACGGAAACAAUGGUUUCUUACCUUGAGCCUGAGCCAUUGUUGGAGAGGAGGGUUUGGUUCUUUGUUCUGGAGCAGCAACACUACAAGGAGGCACCCUUAGAAACUUGCAGUGUUGGGAGGUUUGGCUGACUGCAGCAUUACGAGUGUUAGUUCUUGCGUAGGAAAGAACACCUUGUCUUCGCUAUCCCAAAAUGAGCCAGGCUUUUUUUCCUCCAUUCUGAAAAACAAAUACUGAGUUGGUUUUUUUGUCAGUUUUAUUGAUUUGCCAGCAUACUUCUAUAGUAGCUUGUGCUUACUGACUUAAAAGUACAAAAUAAAUGGAAUUGCCCAUGUAGUAAUUUUUAGAUUAUUCAGUACACAGUUGUUCAGUCCUUCAGACAAGCAAAACCGGGCAUGUGAAUUUUAGCUAUUAGGAAGAUAGGAAUAGAAUAAUUCUCUGGGGUUCUAUUGUCUAUAUGUGUGUGACCUGCAACAGCUUCCCCAGUUCAGUCUCAAAAGUUUCAAUGAGCCAAGAUGCUGCCAUUUGUAAAAGAAGUGGUGAAUGGUGGUUCACAAAUUAACUUGCUAAACCUUGCUCCAUGCUGUGACCUUUGCGUUUAUAAAACAAUAGUUCAGUGACUGGUAAGGGACCACAGGUGAUGACUUUGAUGGCUUGUCAUAAGCAUGAACCAUGGAAUACAGAUAGAGGUUCAGAUACUGCUUUUCUCCCUGUCCCUGCCUUUCUAGAUGUAAAGAGCUUCUUUGGAAAGACAGCUUGAGCCAUAAUCCGCACGGCUGAAUUAAUCUUUUCCUCAAUUCAGAGUUCAUUUUGUCAUUUCUGGUUUCAAACUAUUUUUUCACUGCUACAUUUGUAUCUUAUUUUUCAUUUAAAAAUCCCCAUAGUUAAUUUCUUUCUUUAUUGUCCUAGACGUUGCUUUGUUGGUAAUAUAAGUUAAGUUAUGUGCUGAACACCUACACAAUAUGCUCUCUUGAACUGCUGUCUGUCCCUAAAAGGUUACAUCUCCCAUUUGCCUUUGCAAUAGAAUAUACACAGAGAUAGUAAUGAAUUACUUCAGUUUCAUGCACCAUCAGCCUUAAGACCUUCAACCCACACACACAGACACACGCAUUCGUACACUUAAAAUGAUUUGGACACUGCUAUCAACAUGUGGGGUCAAAAUUACCAUUAAAUUGGAAAGUUCUUUCAGCUGUGUUUAGGAAGAAACAACAAUAAUGAAAAAUAUCAUUCUUGGCCAAGUCACUUAUGGAAGAAGCAAAUUCCCCUCUGGCAUUAGUUGAAUGAAAUCCUAAGGAUGGGGUUGCAUUUGGCCCCAGAUUGUUCCUUCUAAUCAGGUCGUUAAUCGUCGUAUGUACCAAUGAGUGUUGAUUUGAUCCUCCUGUGUAAAAAUACAAAAACAUCCCUUGGUUUACAAAGCUAUUAAUUUGGGACUGAAGCUUCACAGCAAUGGAAUUAGUAUGUAGGGCACCUCGAUCUUUUUCCUAGAUAAGAUGCAAAAGGGAGGGUCAUUAUCGGUAACCCCAUAGAGAUAAUAGUGUCAAUAGAGGUCCUACACUUGAAAGGAAUAAAAAUACCAGUGCUAGCAAGCAAACAUUUUAGUUUCUUAAGUCUUUCUUUUGCCUUCUUUUCAAAAGCUUUUAAAUGCAAAAAUUACUUUUCUUCAAAAAUAAAAGUAAACAUCUGAAGAUCUAAUUUCCCAAUAGUUUCCUCUGCAUUUAUAUACUAUGUAGUGUUUAGGCAAAACCUAUGUUAUAAGUUUAUUAAUAUUAUGUAAGUGUUGUUCUUGUAUUUAUGUAUAGUGUAUGUAUUGUAAAUAUACUCAGAGCUUUUUUUCCUCUUACUGUAAAAUGGUGAUUUUUUUGCCCUAUGAUAAUGUAAAGGGAGCCCCCUAAUGAAAUUCUGUCAGAGGAUGAUUAUUCCACUCUAUUCUCAAAGAUUUAAAUGAACAAGUGUUAUCGUUUUUAAUGGUGUCUCAGACAUAUUUUGUUGGUGCAUUGCUUUUCUGUAUUCAACUUUCCUAUGAAUUGAGCUGUGAAUUGAAAUAGAGUUUAAACCUUUAAAUGUAUGCAUUUGUAUAAUUAUCUGAAUGGAGGCAUGAAGGUUAAAUAAAGCAUUUUGUAUGGAACAAACCCCCUAAUUAUUACUGUGGAUGACUCAAACCUUCUGGAAUACCCAGCUAUUAACUUCUUUAAAUUAAACCUUUGUUAAAAAAUCUUUUCUAUAAACAUAUAGUGAUUUUUUUUAAAUGGAAUGUUUGCAUAAGAAAUGGAUUUUCCUUGCUUUUCUGAUUUUUUAAGAGCCAUCAUAGAGAGUAGACAUUCUUCUUUCACAGUGUUUGUGCAUCUGUGGCAAAGCUGGAACAAAUAAAAUAGCACUCCUCAGCAGUAUA